GUCUCUUUUAAGUAUUUCAAAAGUUUUAAAACGAAGAAUCCACAAAAAAAUUCUCCCUUUUAAUCCCAGUCUAUUAAGUUACUCGUGCGUAUUCAUUCGAGAAAUUUUCUUUCGAGAUUUAAAAGGUAAGAAAGGCGAAAAAAGAGUCAGUGACAGUUAUUGUUUACUUAACCUGCUCCAAAUAACCCUGAAAAGUUUGUGUGACAUUUUAAUACAUCUUGCGAGACAUCGAAAAAUAAUCAAAUAAAAAAUGGAGAACCAUCGAACGAAUAUGUUCAAAAAUAAAGGCAAAGAUCAAGAUGAGAUGCGGAGAAGACGUACGGAAGUGACAGUGGAACUUCGUAAGAACAAAAGGGAAGAAACAAUUCAGAAACGCAGAAACAUUUAUCAGUCAGGCACGUCAGAUGAUGAUGAUUUACUCUCAGUUCCCAAUUUGAAGAGAUUGGUUGCUUCCGCGGGCAAUGAUGGAGAUCCAGAGGAACAACUUCAAGCGGUCCAAACAGCUCGACGUCUUCUUUCUUCCGAUCGCAAUCCACCAAUCGAUGAGCUUAUUAAGAGUGGAAUUUUACCAAUUCUUGUUAAAUGCUUGGAACGUGAUGAAAAUCAAAUGCUACAGUUUGAAGCUGCAUGGGCUUUGACGAAUAUUGCUUCAGGAACUUCACACCAAACAAACUUGGUUGUUAGUGCUGGUGCCGUUCCAUUGUUCAUCCGACUUCUGUUAUCACCAGCAGCAAACGUUUGCGAACAAGCUGUGUGGGCUCUUGGUAACAUAAUAGGAGAUGGUCCACAGCUUCGCGAUUUUGUAAUAAAAAUGGGAGUCGUUUCUCCUCUUCUUUCAUUUGUCAAACCGGACAUCCCGAUAAGUUUUCUUCGUAAUGUCACAUGGGUUAUUGUUAAUCUUUGCCGUAACAAGGAUCCACCACCACCAAUUCAAACAAUUAACCAGAUCCUUCCAGCACUCUGUCAUCUCAUUCAUAAUCCGGAUGUUAAUAUUCUCGUUGAUACAGUCUGGGCACUUAGCUACUUGACUGACGGGGGCAAUGAGCAAAUUCAAUUGGUCAUCGAUAGUGGUGUCGUUCCAAAUUUGAUCCCAUUACUAGCACAUCUUGAAGUGAAAGUCCAGACAGCUGCAUUACGUGCCGUAGGGAAUAUCGUAACAGGAUCUGAUGAGCAGACUCAAGUUGUUCUUAACUACAAUGCACUAUCUCAUUUUCCAGCCCUCUUGAGUCACCCCAAGGAGAAGAUAAGAAAGGAAGCUGUCUGGUUUUUGUCAAAUAUCACGGCUGGCGUUCAGUCACAAGUUCAAGCAGUUAUCGAUGCUGGACUAUUGCCGAAGAUUAUUGAGAAUUUGUCAAAAGGAGAAUUUCAAACGCAAAAAGAGGCUGCAUGGGCCAUCAGUAAUUUGACGAUAAGUGGAAACAAGGAGCAAGUGGCACAAUUGAUUCAAGCCGGUGCUAUUCCACCAUUCUGUGAGCUGCUUCGAUGUCAUGAUACUCAAGUUAUCAAUGUAAUUUUGGACGGAAUAAAUAAUAUGCUUAAGAUGGCUGGACCCCAUGCGGAACAGAUUGCCAAUUUAAUUGAAGAAUGUGAUGGCUUGUCGAAAAUCGAAGACCUUCAAAAUCAUGAAAAUGUGGAAAUAUAUAAGCUCGCUUAUGAUAUUAUCGAGCAAUAUUUUAGUGACGAUGUAGCUGACGAUGACGCAAUUCAACCAGCGGCUGACGAUUCUGGAGUCAGCUGCGAUUUCUGUAUGAAAAGCAACUUUCGCGGUCGACGAUAUAAAUGUUUAAUAUGCUACGAUUAUGAUCUUUGUGCUGAAUGUUACGAAAGUAAUGCAACAUCAACUCGUCACACUACAGAGCACGCUGUUCAAUGUAUUCUCACGCGUUCAAUGCUAGAGAUUGCUUAUGGUAGUGGCUCAACAUCUCGACAAUUUCAAAGCUUCACAUGUCCUUACUGCAGUAAGAAAGGAUUCAGCGACGCCACACUUUUAGAUCAUGUCACAACUGAGCAUUCAGAAUCUUCAGAGCAUACCGAUGGUGCUGUGGAAGUUAUAUGUCCAGUUUGUGCAGCAUCGCCUGGUGGUGAACCAAAUUUGAAAACAGAUGAUUUAGCAGAACAUUUAACAUUGGAACAUCAUCGUGGCGGUAGUGGAUCAACAUUUGAGUUUAUAAAUGAACCUUCAGCUAUUAGACAUGGAGGAGUACGUAGAAUUUCAAGAGCCGCUGUCGGGCCUGGUGGUGUUCGUUUAGCUCGUCGAUCAAAUCCAAACUUUAGUCCAUCAAAUCAAGAACCUGCUGACCGUGAAAAUGUUGAUCUCUUUGCUGAACUUCAACAAACACUUGCUGGUGGUUCACGACGUCAACUUCAACAACUUCAAAUGCAAAUUCAGAUGGAAAGGCAAGCUAUUGAAAAUAGAAUCACAAACAUAAAUCGGCGACCUGCUGGUUCUAAUACCAAUGGUUCAAGUAGCAACAACGCAAAUCAGGCAAGUAUCAGCAUCCAAAGAAUUUUGUCUGCGAUGUCAAAUAGUGGAAAUACAAGAGCUGAAUCAUUCAUGACAUCAUCAUCAUCUCCAGCUGGUCGAAGUCAAUUGUUAGCAAGCGUUGCAUCAGGAAGUGGUGGGGUCGCAACAGCAACUGGAACGCACACAUCGUCUUCCACAGGCUCUUCACAGUUGAGCUUCAUUCCUGCUGGAAUUCAAUUGCAAAGCUUGCAAGCAUCACAAUCAUCAACUGAUGCAGGCUCAAUUCAAGUUCCAACUGUUGGCGGACAAUUUUUAAUGCCACGAUUCCUUUCGCCAUCGAUGAAUGAAGAAGAAAGAAAUCAACUUGAAACGGAGCGCUCAGAUAGGGCGAACUACAUUCAAGAACUCUUAUUGGCAACGACCCACGAGAUUAGUCAAAUUGUGAUUGAUGAGCCAGAACUCAUUGCAGAGAUCACGAAGACUCAUUCCGUCGACGUCGAUAAUCUAAAUGUUGACGAAUGUGCCGAACAACAUGGUGCUGAAGCUGUUUUUGUUGUUGAUGAUACGCCAGUUGAUGCUGAUGCUAUGAAGAAAAGUUUUAUCCGAAAGAAAGAAAUUCCAUCAAGUGAUGAUGGUAAAAAGCAAAAGUCCAAAGUCGCCAAUGUGAGAAAGUGAACGGAGUGUGUGUUUCAAUUUUGUUGCAUAGUUUCUAGAUUUAUUUUUUCUGAAAUGUGCAUGAAAUUCUUAUAAUUUUCCAAUGAAAUCGUAGAACAACAAUAGAAAAUAUAUGAGAAAAAAACUAUAAUAUUUUAUCUUGUAGAACUUUUUUUCGUGGAAGGCUUGACGUGUUUAGUUCAUUUUGUAAAACUAAAAUUUCCACAUAAAAAUUCAAUCUUUUAUUGCUUGAAAUUCAUUUGUAUGACUUCCGUCGUCCAAAAAGAUCCAUAAAGUAAUUCAUUUCAUAUUAGGUACUUGGCUCAUUUUACAUUAUUUUAUAAAUUAAAAUUCAAGGAAAAAUUGACUAAUCUUGCAGCCAAAAACAUUUUAAAUUCUUUCUGAAAUGUUUUGUCAAGCCUUAAGAACAAUCAUAAUAAAAUAAUAAUUUAUUCAAAUAUUUUUCUUGACCAUUGAAAGGGAAAAUUAUUUAAUAAUUUUACGGAAGUAAUACAUCCACACAAACACACACCCACACAAAAUUUAAAUAGGUACAUCCUCACAUAAUCACAUGGAGCGAUCACAUUGUACUAUAUAACGAGAUAAAAAAACGAUAAAUGAAUUAACUAUAUUAAAUAAAAAUAUUAAAAAGCAGAGGAAAUGUAAAGAGGAAGUAGAGAUUUAUUUAAGGAUGGAUGAAAAUGAAAUUAAUUUCGUGGAUAAAUUCACUAAAAAAUCAAUGAAUCUGAUUAAAAAUGUGAAUAAAGGCUGUUGAAGAAAAAAUAAUCAACUUAAAAAUAAAAAUCGAUUAUUUGUGUAAAUUUUUUUUAGAU